AUGACUCAAAGCUACGAAACCUACAACAUCAUCCCCAUCCCCAACAGCAACAACAGCCACCCCGACCAACACCCUUCCCUCCGAUACCCGGAGGUCAUCGCCGCAAGCUCAGCCCUACGCUCCAUUGGCGACCUUCGCCUCCCUCCCCGAUGGCACCCCGACAUGGACCUCCUCGACUGGCUCUCCCUCUUCUUCGGCUUCCAAAACGACAACGUCCGCAACCAGCGCGAGCACCUCCUCCUCCAACUCGCCAACGCUCAGAUGCGCUUCUCCCCUGCCCCCGACACAGUCCACCACCUCCACCCCUCCGUCCUCCGCUCCUUCCGCAAAAAGCUCCUCAAAAACUACAAAACCUGGUGCUCCUUCCACGGCAAAAAACACCAUCUCAAGCUCAUCAACAACCACAAAAAGAAAACCGAUAACGACCUCCGCCUCGAGCUCCUCUAUGUCUCCCUCUACCUCCUCAUUUGGGGCGAAGCAGCCAAUCUCCGCUUCAUCCCUGAAUGCAUCUGCUUCAUUUUCCACCACAUGGUCAAGGACCUCAACAGGUUCAUACCAAUCAAAUCAAUCUUUGUUUGUUUGUUACUAAAGAUUCUGGAGGAUCACGAUGGUAAAUUGCCGCCUCAUUGUGAUUGGAUGAACUAUGAUGAUGUGAACGAGAUCUUCUGGAACAAGAGCUGUUUCCAGAAGCUCAAGUGGCCUAUUGAUGUUGGAACAAGCCGGUUCUUCUUGUACCGCACUGGGAAGACAGGUUUCGUGGAGAGAAGAUCGUUUUGGAACCUUUUCAGAAGCUUUGAUAGGCUUUGGGUGAUGCUGAUUCUGUUCCUGCAAGCUUCUAUCAUCGUUUCUUGGCCAGGGUACAAAUAUCCUUGGAAAGCUUUGAAGCGUCGCAGGGUGCAGGUUCGGAUCUUGACCGUGUUCAUCACCUGGAGUGGUUUGAGGCUUCUGCAGGCCCUGCUUGAUUUUAUGAUGCAGGGGAAGGUUAUUUCCAAGGACACCAAGAGACUUGGACUGAGGAUGUUCCUGAAAUUCUUCGUUGCCACGGCAUGGAUCCUCGUGUUUUUCAGGUUUUACAAUUUGAUUUGGAAUGAGUGGGACAAAGAAGAAAGGAAGUGGUCUAAAAAGACAAAUAAGGUGGUGAUGGAUUUCUACAUGGUUGCUUUUGUUUUCUUGCUUCCUGAGAUUUUGGGUUUCUUAUUCCUCCUUUUUCCUUGGGUUUCAAACUUCUUUGAGAAGCGUGAUUGGAGCAUUCUUCGCUUACUCUCGUGGUGGUUUCACCGCACUAUUUAUGUCGGCCGCGGUUUGAGAGAAGGACUAAUUGAUAACAUUAGGUAUACAUUGUUCUGGAUCUUGGUUCUGACCACCAAGUUUACUUUCAGUUACUUCCUGCAGAUUAAGCCCAUGAUUCCUCUCACAAAGAAGAUAUUGAAACUUCAUGUGGACAUUGAGUGGCAUGAUUUUUUUGAUCAUGGGAAAACGGACGACAAAUUUGCUCUUGGUCUUCUAUGGCUUCCUGUUAUUUUGAUUUAUCUAAUGGAUAUUCAGAUAUGGUAUUCGAUAUAUUCGUCUUUUGUUGGUGCUGCUGUGGGUUUGUUUGCGCAUUUGGGUGAGAUUAGAAGCAUGCAGCAGGUGAAGUUAAGGUUUCAAUUCUUUGCUAGCGCUGCUCUUUUUAAUCUCAUGCCAGAAGAGCAGUCCCUGAAUGAAAGGGGAACUUUUAUGAGCAAAAUUAAGGAUGCUAUGAGAAGGAUGAAGCUCAGGUAUGGGUUUGGGCAACCAUAUAGGAAGCUUGAGUCUAACCAUACUGAGGCCAACAAGUUUGCUUUGAUAUGGAACGAGAUAAUCUUAUCCUUUAGGGAGGAGGAUAUCAUCUCCGACCGAGAGGUCGAGCUUCUGGAGCUGCCAAAGAACUUAUGGAAUGUCAGAGUGAUUCGCUGGCCGUGUGUUCUACUCAGCAACGAGUUACUAUUGGCAUUAAGUCAGGCCAAAGAACUGGCUAAUUCUUCUGAUAAGAGGCUUUGGAGGAAGAUAUGCAAGGAUGAGUUUAGAAGAUGUGCUGUCCUUGAGUCUUAUGAUUGCAUAAAACACUUGCUUCUUGAGAUUGUUAUCAAGCCUGGUACUGAGGAGCAUUCCAUUUUAGAGUCUUUGUUUCAGCACAUUGAAAAGUCCAUUGAAAUUGGGAAAUUCACCAAAUCAUUCAAGACUACAGCACUUCCCCAGCUUCACAGCAAGUUGAUCAAACUUAUUGAGGUAUUGAGCAAGAGGACACUGAAAGAUUCUACUCAAAUGGUGAAUAUCCUCCAGGCCCUCUAUGAGAUCACGAUUCGAGAGUUUUUAAAGGAGAAAAGGACUGCUGAGAAGCUAAUCAGUGAUGGUUUGGCUCCAAAGCAUCAAUCUUCUGCUAAUCUUCUUUUUGAGAAUGCUGUUCGGCUGCCUGAAACUACUAAUGAGAACUUUUAUCGGCAGCUUCGACGCUUGCACACCAUUCUUACCUCCAGGGAUUCAAUGCAAAAAGUCCCAGUUAACAUAAUGGCUAAAACAAGGUUGGCUUUCUUUACUAACUCACUUUUUAUGAACAUGCCCCAUGCUCCCCAAGUUGAGAAAAUGAAGGCUUUCAGUGUUCUAACACCUUACUAUAGUGAAGAAGUAUUGUACAGCAAAGAGCAACUCAGAAUUGAGAAUGAAGAUGGGAUUUCAAUCUUGUACUAUUUGCAGACCAUUUUUGAUGAUGAGUGGAAGAAUUUCAUAGAAAGGAUGCGACGCGAGGGUAUGGAGAAUGAUGAUGAUAUAUGGACAGAGAAGCUUAUGGAAUUGAGGCUAUGGGCUUCAUACAGAGGCCAGACACUGUCCCGAACAGUUAGAGGAAUGAUGUACUACUACAAGGCCCUCAAGCUUUUGGCUUUUCUUGAUUCUGCACCAGACAUAAAUGUUUGGGAUGGAUCACUCAACCUUUCUUCAAUGGUGAAAGAAAAUAAAGAUGGUUCAGACCGAGUAAGGUCACCUUUUUCUCAUUGUUUAAGUAAUGCAUACACUUCAGAAGAUUUGCCAUUCAAAGGCCAUGACUAUGGAACUGCUUCGAUGAAAUUCACAUAUGUGGUUGCUUGCCAGAUAUAUGGAGCACAGAAGGCAAAAAAGGACCCUCGUGCUGAUGAAAUAUUAGCCUUAAUGAAGAACAAUGAAGCGCUUCGAGUCGCUUAUGUUGAUGAGGUUUCGACUAGCAGAGAUGAGAAGGAUUAUUAUUCUGUUCUUGUCAAGUAUGAUCAGGAAUGGGAGAGGGAGGUGGAAAUUUACCGUGUGAAGUUGCCAGGUCCAUUGAAACUAGGAGAAGGAAAGCCUGAGAAUCAAAACCAUGCAGUGAUCUUCACCCGAGGUGAUGCUGUUCAGACUAUUGAUAUGAACCAGGACAACUACUUUGAGGAGGCACUUAAAAUAAGGAAUCUCUUGGAAGAGUUCAACUGUUACUAUGGUAUUCGGAAACCAAACAUUUUGGGAGUGAGGGAACACAUUUUCACUGGUUCUGUUUCCUCUCUUGCUUGGUUCAUGUCGGCUCAGGAAACGAGUUUCGUCACCUUGGGACAGAGAGUCUUGGCAAAUCCUUUGAAAAUCAGAAUGCAUUAUGGCCAUCCUGAUGUGUUUGACAGGUUUUGGUUCUUGACUCGAGGUGGCUUGAGCAAAGCUUCUAGAGUGAUCAACAUAAGCGAGGACAUUUUUGCAGGCUUCAAUUGCACUCUUCGUGGAGGUAAUGUCACACACCAUGAGUACAUUCAAGUGGGGAAGGGAAGGGAUGUUGGAUUGAAUCAAAUAUCAUUGUUUGAAGCAAAGGUUGCAAGUGGAAAUGGUGAGCAAGUUCUGAGCAGAGACGUGUAUAGAUUGGGACAUAGGCUUGAUUUUUUCAGGAUGCUUUCUUUCUACUACACUACAGUUGGAUUCUUUUUCAACACAAUGAUGGUUGUUCUUACUGUUUAUGCAUUUUUAUGGGGUAGGCUAUUUCUUGCUCUUAGUGGCUUUGAAGCUGCUAUGCAGAAAAAAUCUACCAACAACAAAGCAUUUGGUGCCAUAUUGAAUCAGCAGUUCAUUAUUCAACUUGGACUUUUCACUGCACUUCCAAUGAUUGUGGAGAAUUCCCUUGAGCAUGGUUUCCUUCAAUCUAUGUGGGAUUUCCUCACAAUGCAGCUCCAGCUUUCAUCAGUUUUCUUCACAUUCUCCAUGGGAACCCGCUGCCAUUUCUUUGGCCGGACUAUACUGCAUGGUGGGGCGAAAUACCGAGCUACCGGCCGUGGUUUUGUUGUGGAGCACAAGAGCUUUGCAGAAAACUAUAGACUCUAUGCUCGCAGCCAUUUUGUGAAAGCAAUUGAGUUAGGUUUAAUACUCAUAAUUUACGUGCAACAUAGUCCUGUCGCGCGUAACACAGUAGUUUAUGUGAUUAUGACCAUAUCAAGUUGGUUCUUAGUUUCAUCAUGGAUUAUUGCACCAUUCUUGUUCAAUCCUUCUGGCUUUGAUUGGUUAAAAACUGUCAAUGAUUUUGAUGACUUCAUGGAUUGGAUUUGGUACAGGGGAAGGGUGUUUGCCAAAGCAGAAGAGAGCUGGGAAAUAUGGUGGUAUGAAGAACAGGAUCAUCUAAAGGUAACAGGCUUUUGGGGCAAGGUUUUUGAGAUAGUCUUAGACCUUAGGUUCUUCACCUUCCAAUAUGGAACAGUCUAUAAGCUACGUAUAACAGAUGGAAGCACCAGCAUUUCAGUUUACUUGCUUUCUUGGAUUUGUGUUGCUGUCAUAUUUGGAAUUUAUGUGGUGUUAUCAUUUGCCAGGAACAAAUAUGAAGCAAAAAACCAUAUAUACUUUCGGUUUGUCCAAUCUGUUAUUAUAACUCUUACCAUAAUUGUCAUAGUGGGUUUGCUAAACUUCACUAAGUUUAGAUUUGGAGACAUUUUUACAAGCCUACUGGCCUUCAUUCCUACAGGCUGGGGCAUUAUCUUGAUCGCCCAAGUAUUCCGGCCGCAAUUGCGCCGGACUAGAAUUUGGAAGGGUAUUGUUUCCUUGGCUCGCUUAUAUGAUAUCUUAUUUGGAGUCAUUGUAAUGGCUCCUGUGGCAUUAUUCUCAUGGUUGCCUGGCUGUCAGUCUAUGCAAACCAGAAUUCUCUUCAAUGAAGCAUUCAGUCGUGGCCUCCAGAUAUUCCAGAUUGUUACAGGGAAAAGAACUCAGACUUGA